AUUCAACGUUACGGAGAAGGACAGAGGAAACUUUGGUGACAUUGUUAUAAGUAGAACACAUGCGUCCUCCAUUUCUCCAUGUGGAUUAAAGCGAUGGGCAGCACUAGCAGCUAUGUUUCAAGCAGCAGCAGCAGCAAAUGGCUGGGCUUCGUGGCGGCCGUGUGGAUUCAAUGCAUCUCCGGCAACAACUACACUUUCUCAAACUACUCCGACGCCCUCAAAUCCCUCAUGCACCUCACUCAGCUCCAACUCAACAACCUCUCCGUCGCUAAAGACGUUGGCAAAGCCUUUGGGCUUCUGGCGGGCCUCGCCUCCGACCGCUUCCCCACUUGGGCUAUUCUCCUCAUUGGCUCCGUCGAAGGCCUUAUUGGCUACGGAGCCCAAUGGCUCGUUGUUAGCCAGAGAAUUCAGCCCCUCCCUUACUGGCAGCUGUGCGUGUUUCUCUGCAUGGGAGGCAACAGCACCACUUGGAUGAACACUGCCGUUUUGGUAACAUGCAUUCGGAACUUCCGUUCAAACAGAGGACCCGUUUCGGGGAUUCUGAAAGGCUUUGUAGGCUUGAGCACUGCGAUAUUCACUACUCUCUGUUCCGCGCUCUUCGCCGACGACCCUGGCUCCUUCCUCAUCAUGCUCUCUGUCAUUCCCUUCGCAGUUUGCCUCACCGGUGUGUUUUUCCUCCGGGAGACUCCCCCCGACGUCUCCGCCGGUGAUGACGACGGCGAAGAGGUAAAGUACUUCGGCUUCUUCAACGUGGUGGCGGUGGCGGUGGCGCUUUUUCUGUUGGCGUAUGGGUUCAUCCCCAGCCCUAGCAUGUUGGUGUCAAGAUUGUUUGUGGCGGUUUUGGUGGUGAUGCUGGCUUCGCCGUUGGGGAUCCCGGUGUACUCGUACUUGAAGGGACGGCUCGGAGGGGGAAAUGACGUGGAGAGGCAGAGGCUGAAGGAGCCGUUGCUUCAGAUUCCGGAGAAGGAGAAUGAAGGCGUGGUGGCGGAGGAAGAGGCGGAGAUAGUGAAGAGGGCGCCGGAGGUGGGUGAGGAGCACACGAUAGUGGAGGCGCUGAGAAGCGUAGAUUUUUGGAUCUUGUUCGUGUCGUUUUUGUGUGGGGUUGGGACGGGUUUGGCAGUGAUGAACAAUAUGGGUCAAAUCGGGUUGGCGCUCGGAUACCCAGAUGUCUCGCUCUUUCUGUCUUUGACAAGUAUUUUCGGGUUUUUCGGACGGAUAAUCUCGGGUACCGUUUCGGAGUUCACCAUCAAGAAAGCUGCAACACCUAGGCCUCUUUGGAAUGCAGCAUCUCAGCUUCUAAUGGCGGUAGGUUACAUACUCCUGGCCAUGGCUAUGCCAGGUUCCCUAUACAUUGGGUCUAUUUUAGUUGGCAUGUGUUAUGGAGUGAGGCUUGCCAUUACAGUCCCAACAGCCUCAGAGUUAUUUGGACUCAAAUAUUAUGGUCUCAUCUAUAACAUUCUCAUCCUUAACCUUCCUCUCGGUUCUUUCCUUUUCUCUGGUCUGCUUGCUGGCAUACUCUAUGAUAUGGAGGCAACUACAACAGAGGGAGGAGGCAACACAUGUGUUGGAGGUCAUUGUUACAGGCUAGUCUUUAUUGUCAUGACUGGAGCAUGCAUUGUUGGAUUCUUCUUAGACAUUCUGUUGUCAAUCAGAACCAAGAAUAUUUACACCAAGAUUUCCACGAGCAAGAAGCCCAAGAAAUCCUUAGGAACAUCAAAUAGGCAGUGAUUCAGAAUGGUAUGACAUUCCUGGGAUUGAUGAACUUUAUGCUCAAGUGAUAUCUCAGUAUCCGUCAGCAAGGUGACUUGUCCUAUCUGAUAGUUAAAACUCAUUUUUCCAAUAAAGGAGGGCCAUUUGUUUUUAAUUCCAUUUAGGCCUCCAUGUACUGUUAUUAUUAGUUUUUUUUAUGAUGUGGGAUCAGAGAGAAUUCUUUUUGUUCCAUAUGAAAAUAAGUGUAUUUAGUAUCGUGAGAGUUUUUUGAUAGAUUAAAAUAUCACGCUGUGUUAUUAUUAGCUGUUUGUUCGUACCAGUCAGUGUUAUUUGGCUAAUAGCGAUAGUCACUAGUCUGUCCAAAGUUUGCAAGUGGCCAAUCCUAAUGUUGCAAUCUUUGACAUUGUACCAUGUGUUAUGUGUUGUAUUGUAUUGGCAAUAUGUUCAAUGAAGGUGGCAGUAGAUGCAAUUGAUGCAAUAUGGAAAUAAAA